ACCGAAUGAUAUGUAGCGCAACAUAUUUUUAAAAAAAAAAAUUUUUUUCUUAAAAAACCUUUUAUUUUUCUUAAAAACACUUUUCUGAGCGGUAUACUCUCAUUUCUAGUCAAAUGAAAGUCAUUGCUAAGCAAAAAAGCCGCAUGUCCGCCUGCUCAUGUGAAAGCUCCCCACUGUGCAGUAGUGCUCUUUUAUUUUUAUUCUUACCGUUUUAAUGUUCUGUUUCUUUCACAAUCAAAUUGGUGUAUUGUGAAAAUAUUCAUCGAUACCUCAUUUCUUUUUUACAUUUCUACUUGACAAACUUUUGAUGUUGUAAUGAAAAUGAAUCAAAAAACAAAACUAUUAUAUGCAAGAUUUUCGUUGAAUAAAUAUUUUUACAAAAGUCAUUAAUGUUUUUUUUUGUUUAUAGGUUAAAAUGACCAUUUGGGUUUUUCAUUUCUCAUCUUCAAAAUUUUUUAUCUGAUAGGUGCUGUUCAUAGAAAUAAACUAUCUAUAAGCAUAUAUUUCAGAAAUGCUGAGUUUCACAGAAAGAAAUUCGAUUAUGUUACUAGAAAAUUCAUUUCGUAGAAAUACGUUGUUUGACCAGGUGCAUUUUAAGUUAGAAAUAUCAUAUUAUACAUGUUUAGGUGAUAAUCCGACGAACUGAUGCAAACUAACAAAAGGAUACACUUGAGUUACGAUCUCAGAGUCAUUUUUCCAAUAUAGAAUUCCGUUGACAUCUAUACUCUAUUAUCAAUGAUGAUCAUAUGAAUUGAUAUGAUUCAUAAGUUAGGAGGUUAGCAAAAGUCAUAUUUUCGCUUUGUGAAAGUUGUUGUCGAUCCGUUUCUAAGGAUUAAUUAUAGUAUCAUAAUUUACUUCAUGUUAUUGCUCGUUUGUUUGUAACUUCUUUAUUAAAUAUUUUAAAGACUUCUGGAAAGAUAUUGUGUAGUUAAUACUGCAAAAGUCUAAGUAGAGUUUGCACCCUCAAGUAAUUCAGUAUAGUCUAAUGAAAGAUUAAAUCAAUAGAAAACGACUUUGAUAGUGCAAAAUUGCAUACUUUUUCGAUCUGAUACCAAAACAUUAUAAAUACAGGUGAAUAUUCAGAGUUGUUGACCUUUGAGUUUGAGUACUAUAUUAAACUAAUCUUAUAUUCAGAAUCAACACGAAAUCUACAUCAUAUAUAAUAUUCACUACUUAAAAUUAAAGUCGACAAAUAUUCGUCUUACUUGUAUUUAUGAUGAUUUGAUAUCAUAACGAAAAAAUCAAUUUUCUCUGCAAUGAAAUAAUAUAGCUUUCAAAAAGCAUGUAUCAUGUAUUUUCGUAACUUAAUGACUGGUAAACGAAAAGAAAAAGCCACACCAAUAUUCAAGCCACCGAGAUUUUAGUGGUUUUUGCAUAUUUCAAUUUUCAUAGGUUUGUCUAACUUUUUCUAAACAUACUUUUCACUACGAAAAUAUCAUGUGAAUAUAUUAAAAACAACAAUGUUAAAAAUAACUCGACAAACUCUUUCCUAUUGUGAAGCAAAAGUAUGACAAAAAAAUAUAAUUGCUUGAUUUUCAAAAUGAGGACACCUGAAUAUAUUUUGUUUUUCUAUGCUUUAUGAUAAGGAAUACGUCAUAAAAAUAAUCGCGUGAAAACAUAAACCAAUAAUAAUUUUUGUUUUUUUACAUUUUGUUGCUCUUCAUAUACAAAUUAUACAUAUGCAAAUCGUGGUUAUUCAUUGGACCAUUUUAAUUAUUAUAUAAAAAUAUUCGAGGUAUAAAACAAUAUGAGUAACAUAUUAUUUUACGAAAAAAAAGCAAAAUUAGAAGUCAGAUUGAUUUAUCUAUGAGAUGAAAUAUCUCAAAAAUGAAAUAAUUAUUAAUUAUAUUUUCAUCUUCAAAAAAGUUCUCACAUUACAAUGAUUUGUAUUAUAUUUUAAUCGCGUAAAAACCAACAUCAAUGAAAAUAUAUUUUUCCGACAGACAUCACUCACUCAUAUCAUUAUCCUUACUUCUAUAUCAAACCAACCUCUUAUUACGCGAAAAUAGAAACGGUGGACGAGAAUAUUUUUUCAACUAUUUUAUUUUCUAGAAAUAUUCAUUUAGAAUGACGUCCGAUCUUCAAAUAGCAGAGUGGCGUUCACGCACUAAUACUCAACCUACAGCAAUAUGUCUUCCUGGUAUAAGUCAUCAAACUUUUUUUCAUAUUAACGAGCUUAAAAAUCAUGUGAUUACUAAUAAGAAUUCAUCCUGUUUUAUUGUAUUAAUUAUGAAUUUAAAUGAUCAAAAUUCACAUGCACAUUUAGAAGAUCUAAAAUGCCAACAUCAUGUAUUGGCUAUUUUUAUACGCGUAAAACGAAGGUCUAAUUUAAGGUUUGAUGGUGGUAAUGUAUUUUCUGUUGUCAAAGAAAUUAUGGCAUAUAAAAUUAAGUCAACUGUUGUUAAAUUCUUUGAAGAUACAUCGAAAAAAUUAUUAGCUUUGAAUGAGAUUGGUCCUGCAUAUUUUAUUAGGGAGAAAGCUAAUUUUUUUAAACGACAACGCUUUACAAAUGGAAAGAUUGAAGCUUGUCAUGUAUUAAUUAUUCCAUUGAAUACAACUGAUGAAAAUUUAUUUGACUUUCAAGAACGUCUCAUAUAUUUAUGUGAUGCUUUAUUUGGUGAUUAUGAACCAAGAAUUUGUACAAUAUAUGAUUAUUUACCAGCAGACGAAGUUAUUGAUUUUAAUGAAAAACCCGAAGCAGAUAUUCUUUGUAAUUAUGUGAAAAGUCUUUCACCAAUUCGAUUAUAUCUAAUUGGAAAUGAAUUACAUAUUCAAAAUUCAGUAAGUAAAUAUUUCUUGAAAAAUGAAUCAUAUGAUAGUACUACCAAUGAAUAUGAUGGAAAACAUACAUUUGUUGAAAAUGAACCGAUUCGUGAAUCUAUUAAAAUGAAUUUAGUUAAUUUGCUUGAUGUUCGACAACUAUUGACAAAUGUGAUUAUAAAGCGAUUAGAUCAAAUUAAAAAUGAUAUUGAAUUUCCUGCUGCUCUUGAACGUGUCAAUGUGAUUAUUCCCAACCGUGGAUAUGUUGUUAAUAAUGAGCUGCAACAACGAGCUGAAGCUCUUGAAGAAAGUCCUAUCGAGUUUAGUGCUUCGUUUCAUACAAUUACACAAGCUGAAUAUGGUGCUACGGAACAUACUGAUGAUGCGACUCAUGGAGAUAUUAAUAAUAUGAUUCGAUAUGAUCCUACACAACCUUCAUCCUAA